AUGUCGUCCACCAGCAACGCCUCCAUUGACAAGUUCAACGGAGACAAUUACGCAACGUGGAGCCGGUACAUGCGCGGUGUGUUUUUGACGAAGUCCGUCUGGCACGUUGUCAACCGUGAAGUGACUCCGACUUUCACCGACCCGCGAGCGUCCGAUGACUACGUCAAGGCAAGCAACGUCGCGUUUGGUAUGAUGCUGCUGCACAUGAACGCGGACUACCAUCAUGUGCUGGACAACUGCGAGGAAGCCUGGGUUGCGUGGACAAGUCUGAAGACGCUGUACGGUGGGUCGCAGAAGGCAGGACGCAUCUACCUCAAGCGACAACUUUUCAGUAUCAAGAUGGCUGAAGGCGCGAAUGUCAUGCAUCACUGCAACGAGGUCCUCAACAUCUCCGCCAAGCUUAGCGGCAUCGGUGCGAAGAUGGAAGACGAAGACGUUGCAAUUUGUCUGCUACUCAGUCUUCCGAAGAGCUACGAAAAUGUGGUGCUCAACAUGGAAAUGAGCAGCACCGAGCUUCGCACUCAAGAUGUGGCUGAAGAUGCAAGCAAGGCAUUCAGCGCCGAGCGUGAGCCCUACCAAUGCACGUAUUGUGGCAAGGUGGGACACACGGUGGAUCGUUGCUGGACAAAGCAGAAGAACGAAGGUCGGGGAGCCCGACGCGGCGGCAAUGGUCGUGGACGCGGGGCUAACAAUGUCCAGUGGGGACAUCAUGAUGAAGGCAAUGGCUACGAUCGAGUGGCGUUUGCAGUCUCGUUCGAAUGUGGAGUUUCGACGAGCAAGGACGUGUCUGGAAUGUGGGCCGUCGACAGUGGUGCAACGCACCACAUUUGCCACGACAAGACCAAGUUCGCAAGUUUGGCAGAGCGCAAUGAGGGCGAACUCUUGGUGGCUGAUGGCAACAAGGUGGCCAUUAAGGGUGUGGGAACCAUCAUGGAAAAGGUGGUUCUGCCCAACGGUGAAGAGCGUGAGAUCGAAAUCAAGAACGCGCUAUAUGUUCCAAGUAUGAGCAAGAACCUGCUCUCGGUGCCACAGAUUAACAGCCAUGGCAAGUUUCAAGUCGUGUUUGACGGGUCCAAGAUGUAUGUGACUCUCAAGAACUCACAGCAAGUGGUGGCGACAGCGGAUCUCGUGGAUGGACUCUACUGGCUUCGGACGACUCAACGAUCAGCGAAUGUGACAACAAGUGGAACCAGUUGUGCCGAUCUACAUGCGAGAAUGGGUCAUGCUCCAGUCGAUGUACUUCGCAAGAUGAUCGCGACCAACAUGAUCAAGGAUGUGCGAGUCCCUCUCAAGUCGGGUGGAGCAACUACAUGUCGAGGAUGUCAACAAGGGAAAAUGGUCCAAAAACCAUUUCCAAGCAACCGAGACAAGCGCAGCUACGAUACGUUUGAGCUACUUCAUCUGGACAUCUGCGGGCCCAUGGAAAAGGAUUCGCUCGGUGGCAGCAAAUAUUUGCUGCUGAUCAUCGACGAAGCCAGUGGAUGCAUGAAGGGCUUUUGUCUACGAGUGAAGUCCGAGAGUGAAGACUACAUCCGGAAAUAUAUCACCAUGGUACAGACGCAAUUCUGUAAGAAGGUCAAGUUCGUGCGACACGACGGAGCUCGCGAGUUUGCAACCAACUCGCUUCAACUGUUCUACGAAGAUGUUGCAUUGUAG